AAAAUCCUGCUUUUGAAGGUAUGUAAUUUUGAUGAUUUUCCAAUGCAGUAGCGUCAGGCAUGGAUGAAGAUCAACACGCAAAUUCAGGUCCUUCUAACAAAUCACCAAAUCAAGUGCCCCAAAAGCAAAAAAAGAAGCCAAGAGGCCCUACAAAAGGAAUAAAAUCCAUGCCCGGGGUUCCAAGAAUAAUUGAAUGGGAUCACUUGGACCGACCCACAGGGAAAUGGGCAACGGAUUACAAGAAUCACAUUGGCGAGAUAAGUCGCGCAAAGGUUUCAAUAUUGAUCAGAACCUGGGAAGAUGUUUCACAAGGAAUAAAAGACACUUUGUGGGAAGACGUCAAGAGAGAAUUUCAUAUCACAGAUGAAACUAAGAAAGAAGUUGUCUUAAAGAGUUGUGAUAAGCGUUGGAGGGAAUUCAAAUCAAGAUUGACGACUGGUUGGAUCUGGGGUACAAGAAAAAGGCCAAAAGAUGAAAAGAUGCCAUAUGAUUUGUAUAGUUAUAUAACUAAGGAUAUAUGA